AUGGUUUUACAAAAGACACUCAACCGCUCACUCCGAGCUCAGGAUGAUGAUUCAGAUGAUGAGCAGUACUUGGGUGCAUCCGGAGGCUCUUCCCCUUCUGUCCUAGACACAGGCGACGGAGACGACAUCAACAUCGCAAGCUCUGAAUCUGAGGAUGAGGAUCCCAAGGCGAAACUCAGUACGGUUCCUUUCGGAAUUGUAGCUAAAGCACAAGAUGAAAUCUUGAAACAGGGGGGUGGAAGCCGGAAACGGAAGAGGGGCUCAGAUGCGGAAGGGCAGAGCAGUCAAUUACAGGCGUUACGAGAACGGCUACGCGAACUCAAGGCACAGAAAAGCAACUCCAAAGCACAUCCCACUCAGCAAAGCAAAUCUUCGCGAGAAAAGAAAGAGGAUUCAGAGGAUUCGGACAGUGAUUCAUCGUCUUCUGACCAACCGAUCCACGCUCGUUCCAGCAAGCAUGCCCCAGCAACUCAAUCCAGCAAACGAACUGUGACCCGGAAUCGCCAAGUUGUCGAAGUAAAGAAACCUGUUCCCCGCGAUCCUCGGUUUGAUCCCCUCACUGGUCCAAGCCCUGAUGAUUCCAAGUUCAAGAAGAGGUAUGGCUUCUUGGACGAGUACAAGGCAUCUGAGAUGGCAGAGAUGCGAGCUAAGAUCAAGAAGACCAAGGAUGCGGUGGAGAAGGAGCAACUGAAGCGGGAUCUUUUAGCCAUGGAGAACCAGCAAAAAGCCCAGGAGUCCAAAGAGCAACGGCAGAAGAUCGUGAGUGAGCAUAGGAAGAAGGAGAAGGAGCUUGUCAAGGAUGGCAAGAAACCUUUCUUCCUGAAGAAAUCGGAACAAAAGAAGCUUGCGUUGGUUGAUCGCUUUGCGAAGAUGAAGAGCAAGGACCGUGAGCAUCUCAUCGAGCGCCGUCGUAAGAAGGCAUCGCAGAAAGAGCGCAAGAAUAUGCCCGUCAACCGAAGAGGGGUGUAG